AUGAAUAGCACUCAUGAUCAGGAAUUUUUACAAAUUUUACAAGAAGAGAAAAAUAUAACAAACUUCUUAGAUGCAUUCUUUGGAUUUUUGUACAGAUGCACAGAUUUUUAUGUUGAAUCUGGACCAGAUCAAAAAUUAGGUUUUCCACCUGGUACAAUAGAGAAGCUUGUAUUACACAGUUUAAGAAAAUGGAAGAAUAUUUCCAAAUUUGCCAGUGGAACAGACCCACCAAAUACCCAAGAAGUUAUUAUCCAAAGUAAUGAUAAAGAUCAAGAUGAAUCAAUGACUAUAGAAGAAGAGAUUGUUGUUCCACAGGUGGAUCAUGAAGUAGAAAUUGAAACAAGCAAAGAAAAUCAAAUCAUAGGUAUACCUACUCAGUUGCUGGAAAGGGAUAGAUCAUCCGACAGUUACAAUGGUGCAAUAAGAGAAAAUUAUACUUGGUCCCAAACUGUCAGCGACAUAGAUGUGUUAGUUCAACUUCCUAGUUGUAUCAAAACUGCUAAAGACUUAAGAGUACACUUGGAUUCAAAAGAAAUUAAAAUAGAGGCAAGGACCUCGAGGGUUGAACAAAAUCAAGAGGUAGAAGAAUGCCGGUAUUUUGUGUGGACCACAAUAUUCAGGGGUGAACUAAGUUUCAAAGUUAGAAAAGAUGAGUCAGUAUGGAGUAUAGUACCUGGCCAAUAUAUUAGUAUUCAUCUUGAGAAAGCUUCCGAAAGAUGGUGGGAAGCAUUACUUGUUGGGGAACCAAAAAUUGAUUUGACUAAGAUUGAUUGUUCAAGGAAUUUAGAUGAGAUGGGAUCAGAAGAGCAAAUGAAAGUUCAAGAGCUAAUGUGGAAUCAUCAACAAAAGCUUCUUGGUAAACCAACUUCUGAACAAAUCAAAAUGGAGAAAGUACUAAGAAAGGCGUGGGACGCAAAAGGAUCUCCUUUCGAGGGUACCCCAUACGAUCCUUCGAUAAUAAACUUCAAUUGAUCUAUACGUAUCUUAUUUUUGAUUAAUUGUUAUAACUAAAUCAAUCAAAUUGUACAUGGCUAAUUCUAUUUAAUUGCAGUUACACGUUAAAGAUUUUAAUUUAUAUAUACAUAUAUAUCUGAAUCUUAAUUAUUAACAAAUUCAUUUAUUAAAACACAUGGAGAAUGUGUUUUGCAAUAAAUACAUUAUGUUAAUAUGUAUAUUUGUACAAACAUAA